AUGAAGUGGAAUAUGGUCGAGAGUGAUACGUGCAUGAUUGAGCUCACGGAACUAUCCAAAUGGUACUGGGGUAAGUCAGCAUCACCAGCAGCAUCCCUAAGCAAUCAAUGCCCGAUUCGAGCAACUGGUCAUGAUAAGUCUAUGCUUGAGGUGUGUACACAGGAGAAACCGUUUUUGGAGAAUCUGAAGGUAUCUGAGUGCUACGCGUAUAUGAAAAUGCUGAUAGAGAAGAGGUCGAAUCUUGAUUCGCGAUCGACAUUGUGUCGCUCCUUGGGAUACUCGGACCACGAAAAAGCGUAUCGAUUUGAAGAGCUAUCAGGCUGUCAGACCUAG